AUGUCUCAAGCCUCGCGAGAGUCCUCGACCUCCUUCGUACCGGGCCCUCAAGGAAACCCCUCUCCCACCGAUGCGGUGGCAGCCUUGAAGCUCGAGUUUGAGGGAUUUGUGGACAAGUUGCGGGAGAAGUUGGACGACUUGGAGAUAACCAUGCAGACGCAGCAACAGGCGGCGGAAGACUACACCGUGACCAGUUCUCGGAACACGUUCGGCGAGGCUGACAUCGGCACCGGUUCCCGCAGCAUCAGCCGGCUCUUCACCAUCUACGACAACGACUCCAUUUUAAGCAAAGAGGUCGCGAAAGCCCAAGAGCCUGCGGCACUCCAGGAACAUCGGAACAAGCUCCAGGUGAAAAGGGAUCACACGAAGUACCUUCCACUCGGUCCGGUGAGUUCGGCGCAGCGGCAGAACGAACUGCGGCUGCACAAUCGGUGGCUCCAGUUGUCGAUGCAGUGCGACCCCUUUGCCGCCAUGAGCGAGCUCAGGACCAACAUCCGGUCGGCCAGCCCAACACAGUAUACCACCCUGAGGAACACUUUCGAAUCGGAGCGGACAACUCCUUCGGACCUCCGGAGUCGCCUCCACCCCAACGGCGCCAAGCGAAUUGCAUGGGACAUGCUAAGCUCCUUCGUUCUGGUGGUGGACACAGUGCUGCUCCCGAUAUACCUGGCCUGGGACUGGCACAAGGACACCACAGAUGUGGCAAGCUGGAUAAACCUUGGAGUCUUCACUUUCAGCUUGCUCUUCUGGACUGUCGACAUCAUGAUCAAUCUCAACACGGCUGUCUUUCAAAAAGGCCAGCUGGUGUUUAGCCGCAGCGAGAUUCUCCUGCAUUACUUCCGCUCCUGGCUUCUCCUGGAUGUGGCGCUCGUGGGACUGGAUUGCGUGACGGUGGCAAACGUGCUCCUGGAGGGGGCGCUGGCAGACCUCAGCUUCUCCCGCUUCGCGCGCAUCAUCCGCAUCCUUCGCUUGCUCCGGUUGGUCAAGCUGGCAAAGGUGGAAGGUUUCAUCCAAGAAUAUGCCGCUUCCACUGGGCGACAGUGGAUUGUCAUCUGUGCAGCGAUUGCGAACUCUCUUUUCGCAUUCGGGCUGCUGAUUCACGUGCUGGCCUGCUUGUGGUUUUGGCUCGGCCGCACUCUUGCUGGCGAGGGGCAGACCAGCUGGAUUGCACUUGCGGGGGCGGAGCAACUGUCGUCCUUCUCGCAGUACCUGGUGUCUUUCCGCCGUGUAAUGCUGCCGAUCGUGCCAGCGCCUAUUGAUCUCUCCAGUCAGUACGAGAUGCUUUUCGACAUUGGCAACAACAUCGUCACCAUGUUGGCUCUCGGCGUGGCAGUCUUCAAGAUCUCGGCAACAGUGCUCGAGCUGCGGGCCAUGAAUGAAGGCAGGCUGAAACAGCAGCGUGAGAUCCGCCGCUACCUGCGAUCCCAGCACGCCCCCUUCGAGCUUGUCGCCCGGGUCUUGAAGUUCGUGGAGUACAAGCUGGAAAGGAUACAGCCGAACCACUACAACACCAGCCUCAUCUCGAUCACCUUGCAGACAGAGCUGUGCGUCAACCAGCGCUCUCCAUACUUGCUGGCGAUGCCAAUCUGCCAACUCGCCAAAGAAGUCUUCCCAGAGGCCUUCGCGAGCGUGUGUGUGGCUUUGAAGCGCAUGGUCUGCGAGAACCGCGAGGAGAUAUUCAUCGCCGGCUCGAUCACCAACCGCAUGUAUGUGACGGUGGCCGGCACCUACAUUCUCCAGGAGGGCCUCCAUGGGGAUGGCGAAGAGCUGGAGCUAACAGGCGUCCACUGCUUGGAGGAGUUUUCUCUCUACAUGGUUCCUCGGCUGUGGAGUUCGCCUUAG